GCCCUUCUUGAUGAAGUCAGGUGUACGGGAUACAACAAACUCUUCAAAGGCAUUUUGUUUUGCCCCUCAAGUAUUAAAUUUUUUCCCUGCAAAAAAGUUGUCCAAACUUUGGGAAAAGUACACGUCUGUUCACGCAAGGUCGACGGAUGACGGAUGACGCAAAACUUCCCACCCCUGCUCUUGUAGGUUGGAGACCGUCUGUUGUGUUGUAUGAGGUCGCGCGGAGCGGCGGUACAGGAGCAGCGGGGACGAGUGAUCACCCAGGGCUGGCCGGAGAGUCGCGAGCCUCUCCAUCACAGUACACAUCCCCAGUAAUGCUGACCUUGCCAAUUUGACACAAAUGGACUGAUAUUGCUAAGUCAUACAUGUAUAUUGAGUAUCGUCAGCGUCUACCGUCGCUUUUAAAGCAUUGUUGUUAAUUUUAGUUUUCGGCCGACCAUGAUAUUAAUUUUUUAGAUUAUAGUUUAAAUGUCAGGAGCUUUCAAAUCAAUAACGAGUCGCGCGUUCGUUUGUAAUAGUCGCUCCGUACAAGUCAUUCGCACGUGCAGGCCGUUUGCGAUUAGCUUGAAACACACGUAACACAUGUAUUCAUAUAAACACCGAUGACAAUCGUAUUUGUUAUUAAUAUUAUCUCAACAAACAACCGCGGGUGUAGUUUGGAAUGGGAACGUGAAGAAUUUUGUGUCCAGGGCAUUAGAGUGAAUAUCGCAGGAUGCCGGCGCUGUACGCGCUAGACGAAUACGAGCCAUGUCUGCAGCAGGGCGGUCCGUACUGCCUCCUCGAUGCGGACCUGCUCCCCGGGACUGAUUCCAGCCUCAUGGACCUAAUCCAGGGCUACUCUGCGCACCGCGUGAAGCACUUCAACCACACCCAGAUCCACCGCGGAGUCUGUCUCAGCACCUCGUGUGCACACGUCAACCGCACUGCACUAGGAAUAGAACGAGCCCUCACACAGUGUCUCAACCAAACUGUCUCGAAGGCGUACGGGCUCCAAGUUAAGCUCGCUAAGCUACACUACUGUGUCCGAGAGGGAGAGAGCAGCCCGUUCGACGCGAGCGACCACGUGGUUGCUGUUCUUUAUUUACUUGUGAUGCUGUUGAACGCUGUGGGGAGCUGCUAUGAUCUUAUCAUAUGUAAGAAUGGCAAGGGGAACCCGUAUCUGUUGUCGUUCUCAGUGCAACGUAAUUGGAAGCGGCUGGUGUCGCCGAGCCACGCGCUGCGGGACCCACGACUCGACAGGCUGAAAGCAUUCCACGGAAUCAGGACGCUGACGAUGCUGUGCGUGUUGUUCUCCCACACGGUGCUGAUCAUGGCUUACUCGUACGUGGACAAUCCGCUCUACAUAGAGAAGGCUUACGACGAUCCCCUCAAACAAAUAUUGUUCAACGGCACCCUGGUGACGCACACCUUCUUCGUGAUGUCCAGCUUCCUCCUCGCGUACAACUUCCAGAUCUACGCGGAGACCCACGACCUCACCUGGACCCACCUGCCUAAGGCUAUACUACUCAGAUGGCUCAGACUGACUCCAACGUACGGCCUGGUGCUGGCGACGAUCUCCACGCUGGGCCGGCACGCGGGCGCCGGUCCGCUGUGGGGGCUCGUGGUCGGCAGCGAGGCGGCCGCCUGCCGUCGCUACUGGUGGGCGCAUCUACUUUACAUCAACAACUACAUCUACGAAGACGCAUUCUGUGCACCGCAGACUUGGUACCUGGCGGCGGACACGCAGCUGUUCUGUGUGGGCGUGGCGGUGUGCGUGGGUGCGCGCCGGCCGCGUGUCCGCGCGGUGUGCCUCGCGGUGCUGCUCCUCCUCUCGCUGCUGACUCCGGCGCUGCACACGUACUUGCAACACCUGGACGCCGUCGUCCUGCAGUCUCCCGAGACAUACAGGAACCUCUACGAGCGCGAGGACACGUUCCGGCUGCUGUACAUCCGCGGUCACACCAACCUCUCCACGUACACGCUGGGGCUGGCGGGCGGCUUCUUGGCCUACCGCGCCCAGACUCAGCCUCAACGUUUCACUGGAUACAAGAAGCACCGCUGGCUGGUGUGGCUGCUGCUCCCGCUGGGCGUGGCGGUGAUCCUGUCGGGAGGUAUAUUCUACAGGGACGGCGUGGAGCCCCCGACAGCGCUCAGAGUGAUGUACGCUGCACUCUACAAACCUAUUUUCCAGCUGCUCGUCGUCGCUCUGAUCUUGUCUUGCGUUUUGAAGCUGGAAAACAGCUACCGCGCGGUGGUAGAGUGGCGCGGCUGGGGCUGGAGCGGCCGGGUGUCGUUCAGCGCGUUCCUGCUGCACACGCUGUUCCAGCGCGGGCUCGUCGGCUCGCAGACCACGCCGCUGCACAUCUCCGACUACUACGUCGUGACGGUGCUGUGUGCCACGGCGGUGAUGUCGUACGUGUGCGGGUGCGCACUGUAUGUGUGCGUGGAGGCGCCGAGCUCCGCACUCACCCGCGCCCUCUUCGGCCCGCACCCCCCGCGCACUCCUCGCACGCGUCCCGCCCCCCUCUCUACAAACAAGACAACAUCUGACCUCUGAAUACAUACCUGCAUGACAUUAGCGGCGUGCAGAACUAAUGCUUAAUUUCUGUCGUCAUUACAAACGAACGCACCACUCGUUAUUGCUUUGAACAACAAUGAACUAAAAGCAAUAGUAGAGCCUGAGGAUACUUAAUCUACCGCUGAGUUAACAGCAGCUUUCAAGUUUAGCAUUAAAACAAUAUUUUGCGUCAAACUAGCAAGGUAAGAAACCUUGACAAGAGGGUGCCGAACGAACUGAACGAUCGCAACGAACGCGUCAAGGUAUGCGCAUGCCUCGUAAUACUUAACAAACUCAGAAAGAAAGGGAUUUUGAACCGCAUUGUCACUCGGUUGGUAGUCGUAAACGGUCAUUAUGUUGGUUUAAACUCUGGUUCAGCACCUAGGUAAUGCCCCAAACGAAAACAUAACCCAUGCAUACACUGUUUGGUGGUCUAGUGCUUGUAUCAUUCAUCACAGCCUUUUACCAAGUGACACCAGCAUUACUGCGGAUAUGUAAGUACUGUCAGCAACCGGGAACAAUUAUGGAGAAGAUCGCGAAUCUCCGGCCAGCCCUCGUUAGUCACGCAGCCCGCUGUUCCUAUACGACAACGCUCGCGUUCACACUACUUAUACAACAGGCGGGCUCUCUACUACAACUGCCAGGGUUUGAAGUUCAGCGGCAUCCACCGUACUGUUCCUACUCGCUAGAACUUGCAACGACUGUUACGAGCAAACAAAAUUAAAAUUACUGACAUGUGUGACAUCUUGGUUAAAACUCUAAAAUGAUGUAUGGAUUUCACUCCUAUGUAAUUUCACUACAUAGAUUACCUUUGUGUAAGGCCGAGGACGGUGUUGCUCAUUUUUAAAACGCAUCAAAAUCAUUAUAAUAAGUAAAAGCGGGGUUCACAAGACGAUGCUUCCUUUUCACAUGAACGCCAUCUCGGACGGCCAAUAUCUUAAUUAAUUAUUUAACAUAUGAAAUAACUUUACACCAUAGACCAAGCCAGCCCGGCGCAGGAUUAAGCUGCGACAGCUCGUUAUGCCAUACAGCCGACGGCACUUCUUAAUGAAGGAUGAAGGAGCAUUGUCCCUGGAUUAAAGUGGUAAAGACCACGCUUUACCAAGUGGUGAGGUGCAAGUGGACUAUGAAGUCUUCACUUUCUUAAUGACAAAAUAUCGAAGAAUUUCUUUAAAGCGACAAUCAGCUGAAGAACUUGUGCGAAAUAUUAAGAAUAAAUAAAUAGCUGUGGAG